UUCGUCAUCCUGCUUUCAUUUUGUUUUGACCCCAUCCGCACAUAUAAAAAGGAUCGCAUUCGCCCAUCCACACAUUUAUAUACCAACUCUAAAGCUCAAACUCUCUAUAUAUUCUCCCAACCAAAAUACCUUACAUCCGAUCAUCAUGAACGCUCUGUCCUCCUUCCGUGUUGCAUUCCUCCGCACAUCCCCAGUCAGGGGCCUUUGCACACCGCAAAUUCGCUGCAUGUCUCAGGGCCUUGGCGCACACAUGAACGAUAAUGACCCAAAGAAGAUUCAACGGGAUGCCCCAAAAGCAAAACCUGGAAAGAAGGAUACCUCUUCUCAUUUCAACCAAGAUGGAGGAUGGGCUGAAGAGAUGGCAUCAACAUCAGAAGCUGCGGUCAAGGCCGAUCGCGGUCAUCAUCACAAACACGAUGAUCUGAAAUCACUUCAGGAACAGUCUGUGGAAAAGCUGACGAAAAAGCACCGAGGAAACGCCUGAAUAAACAUGUAGUUUUAGAGAUUUUGUAACUCGGUCCAGUGGGCUGAUGAAUACAAAUGACUGUACAAGA